AUGAAAAAUCAUUUUCAGCUAACAGUGACUAACCUUCUCCGGAAUUGGGACACUGUCCUCGUCGUACUUGGUGUAGUCCACCUCGACGUCAGGAACCUUCUCCUCAGAAUCGCUCAUCGUUGUCGUUGUCGGCUUCUCGAAGCUGCGUUUGAAGACAAGAAUGAGCUCUGUCGAGUUGAGCAGUCGGCUCGUCGACUUUGGCCACGCCUACUUAUUGGGCUUAUUACCAUGGAUACGAGAUCUAAACAACGGUCUCUGGGGCGCAACGAGACGGAGAAAGCAUGUGAUUCGAGUGUUAUGUGGCUCAGCGAGUAG